GGUCCCGGUACUAGGGCCCGACUCGAUGGGACCCCUGGCCAUGUCGUGUCGUGUCUUGUCGUGUUGUCUGCACCCAAGCUUCCCUCCAGCUCUCCCCACCCAUCGUCGAUCGAUUCAUGCUGUCAUAACUGGCGGAGGCGGCAGCAGACGCGGCAGCACCAGCACCAGCUCCAGCACCAGCUCCAGCCCCAGCCCCAGCCCCAGCUCCAGCUCCAGCUCCAGCUCCAGCAACAGCAACAGCAGCAACAGCUACAGCAACAAUGGAAAAGGAGACCGAAAGCAAGGACCCGGAACGAUUAGCCGAGAUUCAAUGGCCAUUUGCCAAUGCCCCAAGCCAUGAUCCAUCAUCCACCCCCCCUUAUAUAAACCCCCGUCCGCGGGGAAUGCUGCCCUUCGCCC